AGCCUCUUUGGCUCCAUCCCCGUCAGACUGACCCAACGUACACUCACUUGUUAUGACCGAUUCGAGAUUUUUCACUUCUUCAUAAUCACUCAAAGAAGAACAAGGUACCGCGCACUCGACACCAAUGAACGACUACGCUCUUCAGCCUCCUAAUAGCCAGCUCCUCAGCGACCGUGUGAUCGGAGGCGUCGUAGAGCGCUCCUGGUCUUCACAGAGAUCCAUCGCGCCCCAGAUCUCGGCAGAAAUCAGACCUGGGACUUCGGUUUACCGAAGCCAGCGUCCAGGUGUGCAGGGAGAAAGAGAAUUCUCCUUGAAAAGAACAUCGAGAGGACCAUGGGAGACACACCGAGACACGGCAUCAUCACUCAAAUCGGUGCCAAACCUCCUGACCACUGAAGACCAAUAUCUAGCCUUCGCUAAGAUCGCGAUUUCGGAGAAAAUACGGCUACGAGAGCUCCGGCGGAUGCGGCAGGUUCGAUAUCGGAAGAAGAAGGAAAACUAUGUGACCAGGAUGGACGAGGAGGCCGCUCAACUGCGUCAGGAGAUCGAGAAGCUCGAACAGCGCAGACGCUCUCUAGCUACUGGAGUCCCGACGGAAAUGAAUGUGUGGAGUGUAGUAGCCGAGUUCUUUCGACUUUUCCGCUACGGUAUGCCUGAGCCUCCGUUCGAAGCUCAGUCGGAAUCACAGUCCGAGGCUCAACUCGAGUUUAUAAGGACGUCGUUUACCGCCGACGUGGCGUUUAACGCUUCCUACGGUGUCGACAAGAUGAUAGAAAACUGGCAGCAGACGUCACGAUGGUUUCCAAGUAUCGAGGUGGAGCUGGAAGGACUCGACAAGGGUCCAGCGGGGUCUCUGGUUGCUACAACGACCACUACGAUCUCCAUCUCAGAGCAAACACUUGGCUCGGUUUUCCCUCAUCUUUUAUAUCCCCGCGACACGCUAGCUGAUACACUGCUCGACCAAACUCUUACUAUGCAGGGCUCAAUGCAUUUCGAGUGGGACGACUCAUGUCAUCGGAUCACUAGAGUCACGAGUCUGUCGGACAUGCUGACACCGAUGCUGCAUUUCCUUGGAGGUCUGGAAGAAGUGGCACGAGUGUUUCAGCAAGCCGCCGUUACCCCAGACUUGCAGGCCAGGAGGAUGCAAUGCAAAUUUACUUUACGCUAG